GAACGAGCUGGAUCCAAAUCGCACGUAGACUUUUGAUCCGGGUCAUAUUAAGAACACGAAGAACACUUGUCUUUGUCGAAAUCAAUUUAAAACUAUAAACGUAAUUAAUAAACCACGUUUUUGUUUUCGACCAGAAUGUUAGUUUAUUUUAACCCAGAUCAGUGUCUUCUGCUAAUAAAAAGGCGGUAAAAUUAACUAUCGUCACACGUAGCAUGUGUUUAACGUUUUAUUAAGUGUAAAUUAAUGCACGACAAAUAUAGAUGUGUACAUCAGAGUACCAGGCAACGUUGCGAAGUGACUGGAGUGAGUUCUCACUGCGCGUGAAACCCGGCAGGGUGCAGCCAUACCAGGCGGGAAUUGAGGCACCGCAGACCCCGGUGAAACACAAUAUGGGUCAUGUGACACCCCGCUACACACUGCGUUACUGUGGGGAGGCAGAUAACUCCAUUGAGCAUGAUGUCUUUGUAAUCUUGAUGUCGUACCCUGAGGGACAACAAAGGUUACUAGAGAGGAUGGCUGAGCAGGAGAAGAUGCAGCUCCAUAACAACAAGAAACAGCUCCAUGACAACAAGAAACCCUUGCCCCAACAACCAUCCCAACACAGGCCUAGCUUAGGCAAGACUAGAACCAAAAGGAAGUCAAUUAACAAACAUAGAAUGUUACAAAACACUGCAAAAUCAUGGUCACAAAUGAAGAAAAUGAGAUUAAAAAAUAUGCUUGCAAAGUAUAAAUCAAGAGGGAAACAACAUGAAGUGAUUGAAUGUCAGAGUUCAAAGAUUUUGAAAGUCUCUGAUAUUUAUACGAGCUGUGAUGAUGACACUGAUGAGCUGGAGUCUGAUGAUGAGCAGCUUAGCAGAAAGGGCCACAGGUUAGCAGACAGUGACAGUGAGGGAGAGCAGGUUGGCAGAAGGGGCUACACCUCAGCAGACAGUGAGGGAGAGAAGCUUGGCAGAAGGGGCUACAUCGUGGAAGACUGUGAGGGAGAGAAGCUUGGCAGAAGGGGCUACAUCUCAGCAGACAUUGACAGUGAGGGAAAGAAGCUUGGCAGAAGGGGCUACAUCUCAGCAAACAGUGACAGUGAGGGCACCUGUUCUAUAGGGACAUGUGAGAAUGACAUUGAUGACACAGCUAAAGGCGCCAAAGAAGACGUUCAUAAUGCUGAAGACAGAAAUGUAGAAGUGGUGGCCACGGAAGAGAGCUGUUGGUUGAUGGAGAAAAGUCUGUCAGGAUUUUGUAAGAGACAGGAUGAAUCACGGCAUGGUAAUGAUGAUUGCAGGGCUGGGGUUGCACACAGGAAAGGAGAAGACAGACCAGAAAAGAGUAUUGAGCUGUCCGAUGUGUUUACAAAGGAUAAUUGCUGUGAUCCCCUUGCCAAUCUUGAAGAUUUGGAGCAAGCCUUGUUUGGUAAAUCAGAGUCAUCUUUCCUGGAGAUGCUGACAACAUCCGAUGUCCUAGGACCCUUCUUGGACAGACAGGAACUUGGUACUUUCAUGGAUAGAAAAAUACAUGACAAGGAGGUUCUAGCAGUGGGAAGCCUGGUGUGGGGUAGAUUUUCGAAGGUGAUCUGGUGGCCAGGGAUCAUCAUUCAGGGCCCCAUGGCAGGGCAAAGGGAGGCACGACAUGGAUGGACGUGGAUGAUGUGGUUUGGAGAUUUUACAAUUUCUGAGAUGCGGCUCAGUCAGGUGGAGCCAUUUACAAAAGACUUCAGACAGAAGUGCCAGGGCAAGCGGUCUGAUUGCUUGGAGUCUGCUAUUGUGCAGGCUUUACAGGAGUGCUGCCGCCGUGCUUGUCUCGAUGUUGGAGACUAUGAGAGUGUGAGGGUAUGGGGUCUUCAAGAGAGUAGGUUUACAGACCUUGUACAGGCAGCAGAUGAUGUUGGGGUGGACCUCUUCACACCUGGACCAGGUAUAGAGUUUCCCUCAUUUGUGGCUGAAAGGCUUGAAAAACUUAGACAUGACAAUGAAAGAGAUCUCAUUGACAGUGCUGCAGAAAACACUGAGGAUAGGUUCUCAGAUGCAGUCUGUUUGUCCUGUGGAAAGUUUGUCAGCCAGCUACUGUCAAAUCACCCACUCUUUGAAGGACAAGUGUGCAGCAGAUGUAAGGAUCUCCUUCAGGAGAAACUGCUUCUCCUGGACAAUGAUGGAUUCAAUAUGUUCUGUGUGGUGUGUGGUGGAGGGGAGGAGCUGUUCAUGUGUGAAGAGGAGGGCUGUGGAAAGUCAUUUUGUGUUGAAUGCAUCCGAGACAGCUUGGAGGAGGACAGCUUCCUCAAGGUGCGUGUGAUGAGCCCCUGGCUGUGUAUGCUGUGUACCAUGUACUCGGAGAAUACUCAUGGGGAUCUGAUUCCUCGACUUAACUGGCCGCAAGCCAUGGUCUCCUUCUACACUGAACACCUUGCACAGCCUGGUCAGGUGCUUCAGAUAGCAGAUGAUUUGCCUCCCCUUAUUGGUCCUAAACAGCGUUUGAGAGUGCUAUCCCUUUGUGACGGUGUAGCUGCUACAUUGGUUGCCCUGCAAACCCUCUGUGUAGACAUGGAGACCUACUAUGCAUGUGAGACAGACCCCGCCGCCAUUCAAGUGGUACAGUUCCAGCAACCAAACUGUGUGACCAACAUCGGCAGCGUUUAUGACCUUAAUAAGGAAAAGUUGAAGACCCUGCUGCCCCUGCAUUUGGUGGUGUGUAACCUACCUGGCGAGGACUGUGAUGUCAACCAUGAUCCAGACACAGGGGGUUUCAAUGGAGGUGGUGUGCUGGCCUGCAAGCUGCUGCUGAUCCUGAAGGACAUCACUGUGCUGCAAGGCUUGCAGGGGGAGCCACUCUGGCUGCUCACUACACCUGCCACUCUAACAACACACAUCACCAAACAACUGACACAACUUUUUCAGAUUGGGCCCAGUCUCUGGGACGCAGGGUGGUUCUCUCCCUUGCAUUGUCCUGUUUUGGUGUGGGGAAAUCUUCCAAAUAUACACAGCUCCUGCCAGUAUGCUGAUAGCUCCCAGGAGAGUCAGACCCUGGACUCAUGCCUUGUGAGAAGCCUUAACAGGACUGCCAGAGUGCCUAAGCUCAGGCUUUGUGCAGUUAUAAAACAAGGAAAGCAACCAGUGCUUGAAAACAAAAGUGAGGCAACUGAAGAGCCGGUUGAUGAUGUUGGUGCUGUUGCAGCAGAUGGAAUCAGAAGUAACAUGCAAAGCUCUAGUGCUAGCUUCAGCUACCCUGUGUUGAUGGACAACAAACCAUGUGGCAUCUGGACUAUAGAGAUUGAAAGAGCCAUUGGCUUACCAGAGCACUACACAGAUAUCUCUAGGCUGGGCAGCAAGGAGCGGGUGUGCCUGCUGAAGCAAACUCCUUCUGUUGUCCUGCUCACACACCUUAUGCAAUCUCUCACCCAGAGGUUUGCUUUGAAGCAGGAAUAGAUCACUACAUGACAUUCCACUCACCGAGUGGUUUGCCUUCAAGAAGGAAUAGAUUACUACAUGACAUUGCACUCACUGAGUGGUUUGCCUUGAAGCAGCAAUAGAUCACUUCAUGACAUCGCACUCACUGAGUGCUUGACCUUGAAGCAGGAAUAGAUCCCUACAUGACAUUGCACUCUCUGAGUGGUUUGCCUUGAAGCAGAAAUAGAUCACUACAUGACAUUGCACUCUCUGAGUGGUUUGCCUUGAAGCAGAAAUAGAUCACUACAUGACAUUGCACUCUCUGAGUGGUUUGCCUUGAAGCAGAAAUAGAUCACUACAUGACAUUGCACUCCCUGAGUGGUUUGCCUUGAAGCAGGAACAGACCCCUACAUGACAUUGCACUCUCUUAGUGGUUUUUCUUGAGGUAGGGUUAGAUCUCUCUUACAUUGCGCUCACUGAUUGGUGUGCCUUGAUGCAGGAAUAGAUCAAUCUAUGACAUCGCACAUUCUGAUUUUCAAGGCAGGUUUAGAUUGCAUAGUAUUUACUGAGUGGUUUGCCUUUAGGUAAAAAUAUAUCCCACAAUGAGAUAUGGAUGAUUGUAGGCGCAACUGUGACUAGAAGAAUUGUGUUGGCAAUUGAAUGUUAUCGAUAUUUAUUUUCUAGACCAAGGAAUGGUGCUACUGUAAACAUUUCACAAGGUUUGACAAAACUUGAAACUAGUUGAAAUAAAAGUGUUUGCUGGUAA